AUGUUGAUGCCCACGAACCCGCUGAGUGCCGCGAGCGUGGUGACUCUUUUAAGUCUCGUAUCCGCUUGUCUGGGCUUUUCUGCCUCAUUUGACUCUUCAAAACUCCCUAAACUUUCCCCCGUCAAUCAUGUCAACACAUCUGUCCUUUCCAUUGAGUAUUUUGACUCUGCCCCAAACAACAAGACUGCUCCUGUCGCAAUCCUCAUCCAUGGCUUCCCCUACUCCAUUGAUUCGUAUGUCAAAGUUGUUCCUGGCCUUGUGAAGGAGGGCUAUCGGGUAGUUGUGCCAUCGCUACGAGGUUUCGGAAAAACUACUUUCCUCUCAUCGUCCACACCGCGAAGUGCCGAACAGGCUGCAUUGGGGAAAGACAUUAUCGAUUUGAUGGAUGGAUUAGACAUCGACAAGGCCACUUUCGUAGGUUACGACUGGGGAACAGUUGCUGUCAACACUGCAGCCGCUCUUUGGCCUGACCGAUGUUCUGGUAUGGUCGCAGCCAAUUCAUACCUCAUCCAAAAUCGCCAGAACGCGUGGGCCGUAACCCCGCCAGACUCUCUCGCCACUAGAUGGUACUUCUAUGUCUUCCUCACUCCACAAGGCUACAGCUCUCUGGCCAGCGACGUCAAAGGAUGGGCCCGCGCCCUUUGGAGCAAAAACAGCCCACAGUGGAAUUUCACCGAACCCGAACUGGACGUUGCAACUCUAGCACUUCAGAACGCCGAUUAUGUUGAUAUUGCCACCAACUUCUAUCGUAAUCGGCUACUCUACGCGCCUGGCGAUCCACAGUAUUCGGAUCUCGCCUAUACACUUGACCAGCAACCUCCCAUCACGGUUCCAUCUGUAACUCUUGAUCCAGACCAAGCUGUAGUGUUCCCAGCCACGAACGGAUCUUCCACAGCCAAAUUCUUCACGGGACCGAGAGUGCACCAUGUUGUGCCUGGUUGUGGCGAGGCUAUUCCUUUGGAGAAACCACAGGUUUUGGUAGACGCUGUUCUGGAAGUUGAAAAGCUACGCCGCUAG